CUACCCGCUAAAAUAUAACCUUAAAUUAAAUUCGAAAAUUUGUGAGCGACAAUAAAUCUUUUCUGUUUGUAAGAAGCUAUGCAAUAUAAAAUUGAAAAUGCCUCAAACGGGUGCAACGCGUCAUCAAAAAUUUCUAAAGUCUGAGAAAUCCAAGACUAAGCUUAAAUCAAAGAAAAAGGAUCUCCCCAAAGGAACCAAUGUGACCAAAACGAAUUUCAAAAUAAAAAAAAUCGUCAUCAAAGAACAAUUAAAGAAACAUGGACAAUCUGAAGCAUUAUCUACGAGAAAACUUAAUAUCAAGGAACUCUUAUCCCGGCUUAAUCAUUUUAACACCCAUGCUAGGACCGAUGCUCUAAUUGGAUUAAAAGAACUAGCGACGACUCAUCCUGAAAUUCUUGAUCAACAUCUUGGCUCUUUAAUUUUGGGAAUUACUCCUUUACUAUUAAAUAUUGAAAAAGUGGUCCGCCAUGAAUCUUUGAAAACUUUGCACACAAUUUUGUCUAUUAUUAACAUAGUUAAAAUAGAACCAUUUUUUGAUAUUAUGUCAACAUAUUUAAGAAGUGCAAUGACACACAUUGAUAGCAGAAUACAGGAAGAUUCAUUAUUAUUUCUCGACAUACUCCUCCAGUGUACUCAACAGAAAGUAGCUCAGGACUUUCAUAAGAUUUUGCCAAAUUUCUUAGACAUGAUAUCAAAACUAAGAGUAGAUACAAAACCAGGUCGAGCUCUUACUGUAAAUUUAGGUAGUCAAAUAACAACUGUUAAAUGGAGAGUAAAAGUAUUGCAUAGAUUAAAUGAUUACCUUCACAAAUUUGUUGAUUAUAAAAAUGCUUCCAAAAAAAAUAAACCUUUAGCAGGAGAAACUUUGCAGAUGUUCGAUGACAGUAAAUUUAAUUACUUUCCAUUAACUGAUCCAAUGUAUACAUCAGUUUGCAAUUUAUCUUGCUCUUCAUCUAAAAAUAACCAAGAGACAGUUUUGUUAGAUGAAGUAGAAAAGCUCAAGGACUAUGCUGAUACUUUGAUGCCAUUACUUUUUGAAACUUGGUUAGAAGUGUGCCCUAAAACAAAUUCCGAAAAAAAUGUAGAAACCAUUAUUUCUGAGGAUGCUGCAUCAUUACUGAAACAUACCCUAGAAGUACUCACUCUUAUAUGGAGAAUUCUACAUAAUAAGGAUCAUAAUUCUGAAUUACGAAAUUUAUUUAGUCAAAAGUAUAAGAAACAAUUUGAUCAAUAUUUUAUCCAUUCAUUUCCAUUUGUGACGAAUGUGAGAACUAAAAAGAAAAUUAGUAAUUCUGCUCUUGUAGAUGAAAUUUCCGAUCCAAAACUAGUUUUAGAAAAUUUGAAAAUCUGUCAUUUAUAUAUUGUGUUAAACUAUAAUGUACAUAUAAAAAGUCAAAUCAGUGAAGUAACUGCAGUGCUAAAUUACUUGGAAAAAAUUUUUAACCAGAAUAUCCAAACAGAAAUUAGUGAAGCACUUAUAAAUGUUCUGGACACAAUUUUUUCAAAUGAAAAUAAUUGGACUAAUAAUGUGACGAUCAUGGAUGCAUUAUUUAGAAAAAUAAUAUGGGCUUAUUUUAAUAAGGAUAUGUCGGAUUCAUUUAAACAACAAAUUUUUACUUUAUUAGGUAAGAUUGCUUUGAAGGAUAAUAUGAGCCAUUUCCAUAAAUGUGAUUCAUAUGAAAUGUGGCUCAAAAGCUUACCUAAUAUUUUACUUGGUGAAUCAGUCCAGAUCCAAACUGUUAACAUAAUCCAUAAGUUUGCAAUACAGAAUAAUCAGAUUUUUAAUAUGGUAAUUAAGUCACAAUUAUUACCUAUUAUUGAAAACUUGCCUACAAUCAAGAUAUCUGACUCAGACAAUGACAUGGGCUACUACAAAUUGUUCUCCAUUUUGUAUUGGAUAAAACAAUGGGACAGUGAAUCCUUGAACAUUUUAGAGAAACAAUUAUUAAAUCAUGUAUAUAAAAGCGAUUAUGGAAAGUAUAUUUUUGACACAUUGCGAAUUAGAACAGGAGGUAUAUUGUAAGCAAAUGUUAAAAUAAAGAAUAUUACUAAUAAUAGUAUUUUUAUU